GUGGCAGCGCGGCUAGGAAGUACGCGGACGAGGCAGCCAUGCACCUCAUGAACCUUACGCUCCAAGAGGGCGGCGCGAUCACGCACGCCGUCUACGGUAACUUCUGCGGAACGAAGAGCCAAGACAUCGUAUGCAGCGGCGGCUCGUCGCUUCGGCUGCUGCAGACGCAGGCGGCAACGGACCCGGCGACCAUCAAGCAGCUCACGACGGUGCACAGCGUCAACGUCUUUGGUGUCAUCCGGUCGAUCCUGCCCUUUCGCCUCACGGGCGGUACGAAGGACUACCUCGUCGUGGGUACGGACUCGGGCAAGAUCACGGUGCUCGAGUUCAUGGUCGAGUCUUCGUCGUGGGAGGUGCGCCACUCGGAAACGUUCGGGAAGACGGGCUGCCGCCGCAUUACACCCGGCCAGUACCUCGCAGCCGACCCCAAGGGUCGCGCUAUCAUGAUCGGCUCGAUUGAGAAGCAAAAGCUCGUGUACAUCAUGAACCGCGACGCGUCGAACCGCCUCACCAUCUCGAGCCCGCUUGAGGCUCACCGCUCGCACGCGAUCCAUUUCGACAUGAUUGGCGUCGACGUGGGCUUCGAGAACCCGAUCUUCGCGACGCUCGAAAUCGACUACUCGGAGCACGACAGCGGUAGCGUCCCAGCUUCCGAAGCUGUCAAGACCCUCGUGUACUACGAACUUGACUUGGGCUUGAACCACGUGACACGGCGGUGGAGCGAGCCCGUGGAGCGCUCCGCCAACAAGCUCAUCGCGGUGCCAGGCGGCUCGGAGGGCCCCGGCGGUGUCUUGGUUUGCUCCGAAGGCUGGAUCACGUACAAGAACGAGGGCCACGCUCAGAUCCCCUGUCGCAUCCCGCAGCGUUUCCAGCGCACAGACACGAACGGCCCUGCAAUUCGCGGCGAUGUCUUGAUUGUCGCGACAGCGACGCACAAGCAGCGUGAUCUCUUCUUCGUCAUUGUGCAGUCGGAGCUCGGCGACUUGUACAAGGUGACGUUGACGUACAACGGUUCAGAGGUCUCGACCGUGAAGAUCAAGUUUUUCGACACGCUGCCGACAGCCAACGCGCUCUGCAUCACGAAGACGGGGUUUCUCUUUUCUGCGAGCGAGUUUUCAACGCACUAUUUGUGCCAGUUCCAGUCCAUUGGCGACAACGACGACACUGCCGAGUGCGUUUCGUUCCAGGAGUACUACCCGAGCUUCCACUUGCGUCGACUGACGAACCUUGCGGUCGUUGACACGAUCGACAGCCUCUCCCCGAUCACGCAGCUCCUUGUGGAUGAUUUGGCGAACGAAAACACGCCGCAAAUGUAUGCGCUCUGCGGCCGCGGCAAUCGAUCGAGUCUCCGCGUGCUUCGACACGGGCUCAGCGUCACGGAGGUUGCAGCGUCGCCACUGCCUGGUGUCGCCAAGGCGGUGUGGUGCCUGAAGCAAAGCGAAGCCGACGCGACGCACAAGUACAUUGUCGUAUCGUUUGAAGACGCCACGCUCGUCUUGGAAGUCGGCGACAGUGUUGAGGAGGUGACCAACACGGGUCUCGCCAAAGACGUUGGGUCGCUCAUGGUCGUCGUACUUGCAGACGACUCGAUGGUACAGAUCCAUCGCAACGGCUUCAACCACGUGCGCCAGUACCAGCGCGUGACGCAGUUCAAGGCUCCCGGCAAGAAGGUCAUCGAGCGCUGCACCGCGAACGGACGGCAGGUGGUGCUGAGCAUGGCGGGCGGCACGAUCAUCUAUUUUGAGCUGAGCCCGACAGGCGAGCUGGUCGAGAAGGGUCGCACGGAACUUCUUGGCGACAUCUCGUCACUCGACGUGGGCGAGGUGCCAGAGGGGCGACAACGCUUUCCCUUCCUCGCUGUUGGCAGCUACGACGGCAAUGUGCGCAUUUUGAACUUGGACCCGAACAACCUCUUUGCGGACCAGACCUUGCUCGCGAUGCCGGGGUCGCAUCCUCAUUCGUUGUGCUUCUCUCUCUUGCAGUUUGAGCCGCACGCGGACGCCAAUGGUGGUCAUGCGCUUUUCCUCUCGAUCGGCCUCGAGAACGGCGUGAUGCAGCAGUCGCGCAUCGACCCGCUCACGGCCAAGGUUCUCGACACGCGCACGCGUUUCCUUGGCACCGAUCCCGUCAAGCUGUUUCGCGUCCUCGUGCAGGGCAAGCGCGCAGUCCUUGGUCUGAGCUCGCGCUGCUGGCUCUCGUACUUCCAUGGCGCGCGGCGACAGCUCACACCGCUCUCGUGUGAGCCGCUGGCGUACGCAAGCGUCUUUGUCUCAGAGCAGUGCCCCGAAGGCAUCGUGGCCGUCGCGCAGGACGAGCUCAAGAUUCUGACGCUCGACGCCCUCGGCGACGUCUUCAACCAACAGACGAUCUCGCUCAAGUACACGCCACGGAAAGCAAUUGUACAUCCGCUCACGCGCCGGCUUUUGAUCCUGGAAGCCGACCACAAUGCUCUCAACGAUGCGCAAAACGCCAGCGUGGGCUUCGAAACCGCGGCGCCGUCUCGCCCCGUGAGCCCCGAUGACGACGAUGAAGAGGACGACUUGCAAGCUAACUUGCUCUUCCUGCACCCACCGAUCCCGCAAGCCCCGGGUGCGUGGGUCUCGCAGCUUCGCAUCGUGGACCCAAUGUCGCUCGAGACGCUCGUGUGCCACCCAUUUGACCAAAACGAGCGCGCGCUGAGCCUCAGCACCUGCGUCUUUCACGAUCGUGGUGGUGAAACCUUUCUCGUCGUCGGCACGGUCAAGAACAUGCAGCUGCACGCGCCAACCAGUGAUGCGACGGGCUAUCUGCGCGUCUACCGGCUCAUGGACGCAACGCUCGUGCUUGUGCACGUCACCGAGCUUGACGGCAUCCCGUAUACGAUGUGUGAGUUCCAGGGCCGGCUUCUCGUUUCGCUCGGCAAGACGCUGCGCAUCUACGACCUCGGGAAGAAAAGAUGCUGCGCAAGUGCGAGAACCGGACGUUUCCCAGCAUCCUCAUUGGCCUCACGACCGCGGGGUCGCGCAUUUACUACUCGGACGCGCAAAGCUCGUUCCACUACGUGCGCUACCGCAGCGAGGAGAACCAGCUCGUGCUAUUCGCCGAUGACUUUGUCCCUCGUGCGGUUACGGCAUCGGCGCUUCUUGACUACGACACGAUGGCCGGCGGCGACAAGUUUGGCAACAUUUUUGUGACGCGGCUUCCGUCCGAAGUCUCGGACGAGGUUGAGAACCCAUCGGGAAACCGUAUUCUCUGGGACGCGCACCACGGCGCGCCAAACAAGGUCGAGCAAGUGUGUCAGUUCCACGUCGGCGAGGCAAUCACGAGCAUGGUGCGCACGCGCCUCGUGCCCGUGGGCAUGGAGGCAAUCGUGUACACGACAGUCAUGGGCCGCAUUGGCGCGCUCAUCCCAUUCAGCUCGCGCGAGGACAUUGACUUUGCGACGCAUCUCGAGAUGUACAUGCGUCAGGAGGCGCCGCCACUCUGCGGCCGCGACCACCUAAGCUACCGGUCGUACUUCAUUCCAGUGAAAGACGUGGCCGAUGGCGACCUCUGCGACCAGUUUGGUGCGCUGCCGAAUGACAAGCAACUCAAGGUUGCGCAGGACCUCGACCGCACGCCGCUCGAAGUGCUCAAGAAGCUCGAAGACAUUCGCAACCGCCUGCUCUAGGUCAACAACGACAUAACGAGCGUGUAUUUGCAUAUCAAUCGCUUUAAUGUGUGAAACCGAAAGUCUGAUACUCCUCUG